AUGAAUGGAGGAGUUCCUCCUUCUCCAAUGACUCCUUUGGAUAUGAGUUAUAGCCAGUCGAUGUUACCUUCAAACUUGUUUGUUAGUACGCCAUAUUUCACACCACCACCAUCAGCACAAUACUUCCCUCCAAUGCCAUACCACUCGUUGCACCGCAACUCACAAACUUCUUUAACUAAUUCACAUACUUCGAAUUCAAAGACCCAGGCCCGCCACCGCCAUCAUAAUUACAAUCACAAUGGUGCUAAUGGUGUUCACCAGCAACAACUUCCGGGCCAUAAUGACGAAAACGGCUCAAUUUCAAGUGUUCUGUGCAACGAUUCGUCUGCUGUUUCAGAACAUAAUCUCGAGCAUUUAAAUCUUUCGAGGACUAUAAUAUUGCGCAAUUUAGCAGAUGAUAUGACAUUGAAUGAAUUGCUAGAUCAUAUCGACUUUGGACCAAUUGAAUACAUAAAGUUAUUUACCAAGGGCUCUUCUCACUCCCUCGGAAAAGAUAGCAAUUAUUCCAAUGAUGAAAAGAGAAACAAGAAUUGUACAAUCUCAUUCACCAACUCCAAAAUAUCAGUGAUGUUUUACUUGAAAUAUGCAAAGAAUUCUUCAAACUUGAACAAACUAAGGCUGGCUUUGCGCUCGGAUCAUUUAAAAGUCAGCUUAAAUGAUCUUAAUAAAUCAAGAAAUGGGAGCACAGCUCCCAGACAAGACUACAUGAAGCUUAAAAAUUUGAAUUAUAUACUAGAUCAUCAUGCAACGCGGUGUUUAAAAAUUUCAUUCAGUGUGAAAAGUGUAUUGCUGGACGACACAACUGCUGAAGAGAGAAUAAAUCAUUUAAACCACUAUAUAUUAACUCAAUGUGAAAAGUUUGGUGAUGUUGAGUGUUGUGCAAUUGAAUUGGAAGAACAGGAUUUAAUGAAUAAUGAAGAAACGGAGCAAAAUGGAAAUGGCUUGGAAAAUACACUCCCAGGCGCAGCAAUCGUUCAUUUCACAUCAAUCGAUUCUGCUGUCAAGACGUACGAAAGUUAUAACAGACGAAUUCAAAGAGAUUUAGAAAAGAAUCGGGGCGAUAAUAUGGAUGAAUCCAUUCGACAAAAGCGCGAGUCUUCGAAAGACUUGUACAAUGUCAACUCAAAGUAUGAUAUUUGCUUCACUAAGGUAAAAUUCCAUAAGGAUAGGUGUGACAAAACGCUCGUAGAAUACAAAGAGGACUCUAUGCACAGUCUGCCAGGUACUACAGCACCAAAUGGAAAGAUUGAACCGGCGAAAAAGAACACUUUUGGCAAUGGAAGUUGUGGGCUUAUCGCAGAAGAAGGUCCGUUGGAUAAUAGCUCAGAGAUGAGCAGUAUCAUUGGCUCGCCUGGAAAACACCCUCCGGCAGAUCUCAAUAUUGUAGAUCCUGUUAGUCCCAAUUCGUCGGAUAUUGAGAAUGCAUCCCCUAUAAUUCGUGAUGCUUACGCCUUGUCGCAUACUGAUAAUGUGGAUGGUCAUGAAACACACACCCAGGCAUCUAUGGCUAGUAACGGAGUGUAUUCAAUGAUGUCGCCUGAUACCAGACACAUUCAAAGAACUCCACAGUUUGUACACAUUCCAAUGGCAUCGGACUCAUCGUUUGCCUUGCAUUCCAACUCCUCCUUUGUAUCAAAUUACAAUACAGAUCCUAUUAAUACCGGAAACAGAUCAAUACAUUUGGGUAACUUACAUCCACAUACAACUAUUGAAGAAAUUGCAAACAACCUUAGGGCUGGCGGUUUACUUGAGUCUUUGAAUCAUUUUCCCGAAAAAAGAAUGUGCUUCGUCACAUUUGUUGACGCCAAUGUCGCAUUUAAAUUUUUCAUGAACCAUCAGGUUCUUCACCAGUUGGUUAUUCAUGGAAGUGAUGUUUCUGUGGGGUGGGCAAAGAAACACAGCGGGCCGGUACUGAGAGAAAUUGCGUUAGCCGUGACGGCUGGUGCUUCGAGAAAUGUAUAUCUUGGACUUCGAAAUGGUCAAGACGACGAGAAUUCACCAAAACCUGCAUUACCAAGUGAAGAUGAAUUGAGGUCAGAUUUUUCACGCAUUGGAGGAUUAGAGCAAAUUAACUUUUACCACAAUAAAGAGUGUGCUUUUUUGAAUUUCUUGCACAUAUCAGAUGCUAUUAAAGUUGUUCACGCAUUUGAAUGCGAGGAACCAAUUGCUGUGAUUAACUUGGACAAGCUGCUUAGAGGUGAUACCACUGCUGCAACCACUCUUUAUCAGAAAUACAAACAUUUCAAGGUCAAUUUUGGAAAGGACCGUUGUGGAAACCCACCAAAAUUCUCUUUUAGAAAAAAUUUUGAUAAGAGCUUAGGAUCGACGUAUAAACAGUAUCAGGACCAAUUACAUGCCUGUGUGGAGAGCUCAAAAAGGAACAAGAAUGCAAAUCACAGAAAAGGCAAUAGCUAUGGUGGCGCCGAUAUGCACGAGGCACAAUCAGAGUUGAAUGGUGGUGUUAUAGACGACGAAGCAGCAAUGGUGUUUGGUAUCAUCAAGGAAUCAGAGAAGCAUGGCAGUGAAACUGUUGCCGAGAAAAAACACGAUGAAGUAGAAUCUGAUUCGAAGAGAGAUGAAAAAGAAGUUGGGGAAGUGGUUGAAUGCUCCAAGCCGGGAUUGUGCAACACAGUAAAAGAAAACAAACAGCAAAAGACGGAAAUUGCAAGUGAAGAACCUAUCAAUGGUCAUGCUGAACAAGUAAGUGUUGCUGAUGGAGCCGUAAAAGAUGAGAAAGAUAGCGAAGAAGCUAAUGAAGAAGAUGAUGACGAGGGGGAGGAGGAGGAGGAGGAGGAGGAGGAGGAUGUGUCGAUAAUAAUUGGCUCCGAUGAUACUGUGUCUACCAAUGCAAGCGGCAAAUAUGAUAGCUUCAAUGAUACUUUUGCUUACAAGUCUAGAAGACCAGAACAAAGAUACCAAAAGAUUUACCAUCAACCGUACUAUCAUGAGCCAUCUCAGUGGAAUGAAAGGGGGUCGAGAAAUUCUUCUGGAAUAUCGGUUAAUAACGGCGUUAUUUUACAUCCCUAUUCGCAAUUCGCUUCGCAUCCAGUCAAUAAUCACCUGCCACGGGUGAGCCGUACUAGUUCUACCAGCAGCUUUAGAUCCCAAGGCUAUAAGCCUUCACCAAACUUGAGGAACGGAUCGUUUCUGCAACAACCUCGAUCCUCAGUUGCUCACUCACAACAAAUGUAUGCAGUUCCACCACUGCCCCAAUUUAUAGGACAAUUUCCACCGCACGUGAGAUAUGUUCCAGUAAUUCAAGGACAGCAGGUCAUGGGACCAGCGAUGAUUUCAUCUCCCUUGCCACAACAGCCCGUGGGGGACGGUUCAUACGGCAGUACUUCGGGGUCUCAAGUUAUGGCACAGUACUUGGCUCAAUCAUACCCGGCAGGAACAACAUACAGUGGUCCUGUAUACGCUGUACCACAUGGAAGCUAUAGCUAUGAGGGGAGAAACGACAAGGCUCCCAGAAGGAAGACACGGGAAUAA